UUCCCCACAGCGUUCCACCUACUGCCCUCACCAUAUCCAAGAACCCGAGAUGCAUUCACUCUGGAGGCUCCUGGUCCUCCUCAGCUUGCUGGCCUUGCCCUUGGCACUACAUAAGCAGCACUGGCCUGGCCUGGCCAAGACCCACACAGACAGCAAAUCGGGUCUAGCGAGAAUUAUUGCCCAGGGCCUCAUGAAGAGCAAUACAGAGCACCAAAUCCAGAACAUCCGCUUCCUGGACAGUCUGAAUGCCUCCAGCCAGAUGGCCUCGGGGAUGGUGGGCUGGCUAAUUGGCAGCAUGAGCCUUCAGCAGCAUCAAGAAGGCAGCACCAACAUCACCAACAUUCAGCUGGACUAUGGCGGGAUCAGGAUGUCUUUCCAUAAGCAGUGGUUCUUGGCAAACAUCUCACUUGAAUUUGACAUUGACUCGAGACUGCCCUUCAAUAACCAGAUCAUAAAGACACACGCAUGCGUGAACCUCGCUGUGGAGUUCUGGCUGGAGAAAGAUGAGUUUGGCCGGAGGGAUCUGGUGAUAGGCAACUGCUGUGUGGAGCCCAGCAGCGUCCGCAUGACUGUCCUCACUGAAGAUAUCCCACCAAAGAGGAAACAUUUUUUCCACAACCUCAGAGACAACCUGGAAAAAGUUAUCCCACACCUGAUAGAAAGUCAGGAAUGUCCUCUGAUCGAUGAAAUCCUCAGGCAGCUGGAUGUGAAACUGUUGAAAAGCCUCAUGGAGCAGGCUAUUGCUCAUGAACUCAACCAACUUUGAGUCCAGCCAGCCUUCCAUGAGCCAGACUUGAGCACCGCCUAGCUGCCCACUGAUAAUCAGAAGGAGAUUCCAGAUUUGGAGAGCACAAGUCUCCCUCAGAGUGGGGCUUCCGAUGUCCCACUUUUACCACAGGCCCUGUGGACAUCCUGUCCUCUUCCACAAUAAAUUCUAGCUCUGAAGGGU